AACACACACAUGAUUGUGGUAGAAAAUUUUAAUUUUUCAUGCUUGAUAAUGAUCUAAUUUUCAUAAUAAAAUUAUAUCGACAUCAAAAAUGGAAUCAUCAACCUAUCCAUCAACUACGGCCAUUUCGGCUAGACGAAAAGUUUUAUUUGCAGUGAUUGCUGCCACUUGUCAAGAGGUUGGAUUUCAUUCUGCAGAUAAUUAUGUUCUCGAUGUUUUGAUGCAAAUGUUUCAGUCAUUUUUAAGCGAAUUAAGUUACACUGCUAAAUGUUUUACCGAACAUUCUGGUCGAAGUGAACCUUUAGCGGGCGAUAUCUAUAUGGCUUUGGUUGAAAUGGGUUUCAAUGUUCCUUCAUUAUGUCAAUAUGCACAACGAUCGAAUCGAAUAAUGAUACCGAAUCCAUCAUAUAUGCCUAAACAACAACCACCUAAAAUCCUACAAACCGGUAAACGGCGACAACAUCCAAGCUAUAUUCCAGAUUAUUUGCCACCAUUCCCUGAUUCACAUUCAUAUAUUGGUACACCAACAUUUAAACAACCAAUAACCGACUAUGAAACAUUACGAGAAAAAUCAUCGAUGCAAAAACGUGAUGUUGAACGAGCAUUGACACGGUUCAUGGCACGAACAUCGACAUCGAAUUCCUAUUCAUUGUUUACCGAUAAACAAUCACAUCUAUUUCCAUUGAUUGGAAUCAAAAUGAAUAAUGUACCAUAUUUAUCGGCAUUAUUGCCAAAAGAUCGUAUUUGGAAUGCUCAAGACAAUCAAUUUCAAUCGAUUUUAACUGCCAAUAAAAAAUCAUCAACAUUAAUACCGGCAACAUCUACAUUGAAUACAACAACAACAACAACAACAGGAGCGGUCGAUGACGCUAUAAAAUUAAAUGAAUCAAUCGAUUCAAAAGAUGAUCCAUUGAAUCCUAAUAAUAAUAAUAAUAGUGUUGAUGUAAUUGAAAAUCCAUUCCUUUUACCGCCAAAGAUCGUAAAUUUUCAAUGAUGAAAAGAAAAGAAAA